UUUGUUUAUUUGUCUUCUAUAACAAAGAAAGUUCUAGUUGUCUUCUAUAACAAAGAAAGAAAGAAGGUUGAGGCUGAGGCGUCCCUGUACUCUCUUGAUCUCUCCACUCUCUUCACCAAGGAAACUCUCUCUCUUCACAUCAAUUUACUUACGAAUUUCAAGGAAUUUCUCUUGCCAAUAGGAGUUUCUGGAUAUUACAUUGUUGCAAAGUAUACUCCUAUGACUUUUGAUGGUAAAUCUGGUGAACCAGUGUUUGUUACAUCCAAAAAUGUAGUUGAAAGUGAAAUUUAUACUCAAAAAAGGAAAGUUCGAGGAAAAAAUCAUAACAAAAAAGUAUCUGGUCUAAAAAAUGGAGAAAAACUUCCAAUUGUCUUCUACAACAAUCGAGCAGUGAGAGAGAAUCAUCAAUCAUGGUCAAGGCACUUGGGAAGAAUUGUGCGUAAUCCAAACAUUUGUCCUAUACGAGUGAAAUCUUGGAAAGAAAUUGGAAAGAAAGAGAAAGAUCAUAUGUGGGAAUCUGUAAAGGAUAAAUUUGAGAAUCCUGACAUGGAGUUGUAUCGUGACUACACUUUGGAACAUAUGAAUACCUUGUGGGUAAAUUGGAGAUCAUGUUUAAAUGCAAAAUAUGUUAAACCUUGCAAAACCGUAGCUGAAGCUUUAAAAAAUAAGCCAGAAGGUAUGGAGAAAGAAGAUUGGGAAUGGUUGACUAAACACUUUUUUACUAAGGAUUUUCAGAAAAUAAGCUCUCAAGCCUCUCAAAACAGAGCUAAAUCUUCAAUGCCUCAUUGUACGGGUAGUAAACCUCAUAGACAGAUUAUUUAUGACAUGGGAGGAAAAGAAAGUAAUCCACCUGAUAUGGGAAUACUCUUUUUUGAAACUCGAAAAAAGGAUGGAAAGUUGGUUGAGCUGAAACUGAAGAAAAACAUCUUCAAAUUGUAA